AUGGACGUCGUGAAAGCGGUCGAGACAUACAUCACGAAAUUGGUUUCCGAGCCAUCCGCAAUGAAGGUCCUACUACUGGACUCGCAUACGACUCCAAUAGUAUCUCUCGCUUCAACGCAGUCAAUUCUACUUUCUCAUCAAGUCUACCUCACUGACCGCAUAGACAACAAGAAACGGGACCGCAUGCCUCACAUGAAAUGCGUUUGCUUCCUUCAGGCUACAGAAGAGAGUUUAGAGGCCCUACAAGUGGAAUUGCGUGGACCCAAGUAUUCCGAGUACUACUUGUACUUCACCAAUAUCCUGAGCAAAUCUGUUAUAGAGCUUCUUGCGGAGGUAGACGAAUAUGAAGUUGUUCGGGAGGUCCAGGAAUACUUUGCAGACUACGCACCACUAUUGCCAUCUCUAUUCUCGUUAAACCAUACACCGUCACCAUCUAAACCACUGUAUGGGUCUACACCGAAUUCAUGGCAUCCCGACGCGCUAGAACGCUCUGUGCAAGGGAUGUUGGCCAUCUUACUUAGCCUCAGGAAGAAGCCAGUAAUACGAUACGAGAAAAUGAGUGGGAUGGCAAAAAAGCUGGCUGUCGAGAUACAGCAUCGAAUACAAUCAGAAUCAACUCUCUUCGAUUUCCGUCUCACUCAAGUUCCGCCACUACUAUUAAUUCUUGACCGCCGAAAUGACCCUGUUACUCCACUGCUCUCACAAUGGACUUACCAAGGAAUGGUCCAUGAAUUACUUGGUACCCAGAAUGGUCGAGUGAACCUGAGCAUGGUUCCUGACAUUCGACCGGAGCUCUCUGAAAUAACUCUCACCACAUCGACGGACCCGUUCUUUCAAGCCCACUAUCUUGCAACCUUUGGCGAUCUAGGAUCAUCUCUCAAGAAUUAUGUCCAGUCAUAUCAGUCUCGAUCCAUGGCUCAGUCUCCCUCGUCUAUCAACUCAAUCGCAGAUAUGAAACGCUUUGUUGAAGAGUAUCCGGAAUUUCGGAAGCUGGGAGGUAACGUCAGCAAGCACGUCGCCUUGGUUGGCGAACUGAGUCGACUGGUCGGCCGAGACAAACUUUUAGAAGUUGGAGAAAUUGAACAGGGUCUUGCAACAAGCGCCGGAUCCGAUUUCAAGAGCGUACACGAUCUGAUCACGAAUAAAGGUAUACCUCCGUGGAACAAGCUCCGUUUAGUUAUCCUCUAUGCCCUACGAUAUCAGAAGACCCAAACAGCAAAUAUUGCUAAUCUCAUCAAUCUUUUACUUGCAAAUGGCGUUUCUCGAGAGGAAGCUAGACUUGUUUAUGUGUUUUUGAACAUUGCAGGAGCGGAUCAACGCCAAGAUGACCUUUUUUCAACCGAGUCACUCCUUGCCAAAGGACGAUCGGCAUUGAAGGGUCUGAAGGGCGUCGAAAACGUGUACACUCAACAUACACCUCAUCUUUCCGAAACUCUGGAGAAUGUGUUCAAGGGUCGACUAAAGGAGACAAGUUAUCCUUUCCUCGACAAUCCAGGGCCUAAUGCAUCUCUUCAAAGACCGCAGGAUAUUAUAAUAUUCAUCAUCGGGGGUGCCACCUACGAAGAAGCACGCACAGUGACACUUCUUAAUCAACAGCUUUCCGCACCGUCUGGUGGUAUGGGAACAUCCGGAGCAGGCAUAAGACUACUCCUCGGUGGGACCUGCGUUCACAAUUCGUCGACGUAUCUGGAGAUGAUAAAAUCCGCUGCCGAGUCAUUCCCAGCAUCUGUAUAUGAACCUCCGCCAGAAUCCGCAUCAAACGCUCCAGCACUGAACUUGAAUCUGGGAGGUGUGAACACAACAGACGAUGUGAAGGUCAAGACACGCACUGGAGCUUUCUUGACACUUCUUUCUGCUGCAAUUAUUCUGGCCUUCUCAACCAUGGAAUUCAUUGACUAUCGGAGAGUUUACACCGACACGUCAAUUGUCGUGGAUAAGAGCAGAGGAGAGAAGCUUACUGUGAACAUGAAUGUCACCUUCCCAAGAGUACCUUGCUACCUGCUCAGCGUGGAUGUAAUGGAUAUCAGUGGAGAGACGCAACGCGACCUCUCACACAAUAUCCUCAAGGUCCGGCUCGACAAAAAGGGCAAACCCAUACCCAACUCCUUCAGCGCCGAGCUGAGAAACGACCUCGACAAGAUGAACGAACAGACGUCCGGCGAUUAUUGUGGAUCCUGCUACGGCGGUCUCGAGCCUGCGAGCGGGUGCUGCAACACCUGCGAGGAAGUUCGGACGGCAUACGUUAACCGAGGCUGGAGUUUCUCAAAUCCCGACGCUAUUGAGCAGUGUAAAUCCGAAGGCUGGGCUGACAAGCUGCGUGAGCAAGCCGAUGAAGGGUGCAAUGUUUCCGGGCGUAUUCGCGUUAACAAAGUUAUUGGCAAUAUCCAUCUUUCGCCAGGAAGGUCAUUCCAGACUAGUGGGCGCAACGUCUACGACCUAGUCCCAUACUUGAAGGAUGAUGGCAACCGGCAUGAUUUCUCUCAUACGAUCCAUCAAUUCUCCUUCGAAGGUGAUGAUGAAUACGACAUAUUCAAAGCCGCGUCCGGACGGGAAAUGAAACAAAGAUUAGGACUUGUACAAAACCCGCUGGACGGUGCGGUUGGACGGACGAACAAAGCCCAAUAUAUGUUCCAAUACUUCCUCAAAGUCGUCUCGACACAAUUCAGAACUCUGGAUGGGAAAACAAUAAAUACCCUUCAGUACAGUGCCACGCACUUUGAACGUGACCUUUCAGAUGGUGGACAAACCGGCACUCCGCAGGGAGUGCAUGUGCAACAUGGUGUUACCGGGGUACCUGGUGCUUUCUUCAACUUCGAGAUCUCACCAAUACUGGUUGUGCACUCUGACACUCGACAGUCAUUUGCACACUUCCUUACAUCAACAUGUGCUAUCGUGGGAGGAGUGCUUACAGUAGCCUCUAUCCUUGACAGUGUGCUCUUCGCGACUACCCGCGCUUUGAAAAAGUCGGGUGUCAACCAUGCCAAUGGAAAUGGCGUAGGGUAUGGAGGCGGAAAGCUCAUGUAA